AUGGAUCCAUACGACAGCGACUCGUCCUUGGAGGAUGCGGGGGAGUACACAGAGACCGGUGUAUUACUGGGUUAUAGCAGUACAGAGCAGACAGAUGAUACCAUUAGCCAUCUUGGUGGCUGGCCGACAUGGCUCGACGAGAAUACCCCUCCUCCCGGCGACCUGGCCAAAUGCAAAGUUUGCAACAACCCAAUGCUCUUGCUACUCCAGCUCAAUGGCGACCUACCAGAACGAUUUCCCAACGACGAACGAUGGCUAUAUAUUUUCGGAUGUCCACGGAAAGCUUGCAGUCGCAAACCAGGCAGCAUUAGAGGUCUACGCGGUCUUCGAAAGGUCAAGGGCCAACCCGAGACACAAAAGAAGGAAGAGAGCAAACCAAAAGAUACGCCCCCUGCACCAAAACAAGAUAUUGGGGCUGCACUGUUUGGAGCCACUUCGCAAGGAGGGUUAUCAUCCAACGCGAACCCAUUUUCUACAUCGUCUUCACCUGCGGCGCAAAACAAUCCGUUCGCACCACUGCCACCAGUAUCUACAUUGGCCGCAAAGCCCCCACAAAAUCCAGCAAACAAUCUUUCAGAAACUUUUGCCGCAAAAGCGCGAAUAUCAACACCCGAAACCUCCUCGGAACCUGUAGCAGCAGGGCCUGUAGUCCCAUGGCCCGACAAGUCGGCUUUUCCACCUCCUUAUACGGAAUAUUACCUCGAUGCUGAUUAUGAAACUCUUUCACGUCCUCCGACUCCUACGAUACCAACAAACACCACUGUAGAAAAUGUGGAGGAAGACGCAGGAGGCGCGGUUGAUGUAAAAGACGCAUUCGAGUCAUCUAUGGAUAAAGAUUUCCUUCGGUUUUCGACAAGACUGGAACAUAACCCAGAACAAGUCUUGCGAUAUGAAUUCGCCGGUACACCGCUCUUAUACAGCGGCACGGAUGCUGUCGCAAAGGCAUUCCCUUCACAUCAAACCCAAGGACGGGGAUUACAAGUGUCUUCGAACGCCGGUACAAACCGUAUUCCACGCUGUCCAUCAUGUGGUAGAGAGCGUGUAUUUGAGGUACAGCUUGUGCCACAUACAAUCACGGUUCUGGAAGAUGGGCGCGAGGGCAUUGGUCUCGGUAAGAAUGAUGCUGGAAUGGAAUGGGGCACGAUUAUUCUAGGCGUUUGCGCCGGUAAUUGCGGGACCACCAAGGAAGGGGAUUUGGGUUGGAAAGAGGAGUGGAUUGGUGUACAAUGGGAAGAAACAAAGUAG